ACCUCCCGAGCCUUGUGCCUGCGGGGUCCAGCCCCGGGCUGCAGCAGUGGGCGUCAGAGUUGUACGGCUCGAGCAGCGGCCCCUCCUUCAUCUCCUUCGGAGGCGUCGUCUUCUUCAACGGGCGUGCCUCCGGAAAUAGCGACCGCUUGCACUACACCGACGGCACGACGGUCGCCGAG